AUGAAGUUUUUAUCCUUAUCCUUAUUGUCCAUCUCUGCCCUCUCUGCCUGUGUCAGUGCUGGUCCUUUGGCUGCUAUUGAUCAACUCAGAGUAUUCCGUUCUGAAGAACCUGAGCUUCGUCUUGUACAAUAUGGUGAUGAUACCCCUCCCAAGUGGAUGACUGAAUCUGAUAAGGAAGCGUUGUUCAGAGCCGGUGUCAAGUUUAUGGACAUCACUGAUUAUCCCAACCCUCCUGUUUCUCUCAAUUCUGCUUGGCAGCCAUUCAUUCCUGCAGAAGCUAAGUAUCAAGAUGAAGUCGCUCCCUUUGUUGGUAACUUGACCACCGAGUACAUGAAGGAAGUCUUGACCGAAUUCACAAGUUUCCGUAACCGUUACUACAAGUCUUCCUAUGGCGCCAAGUCCUGUCGUUGGUUGAUUCAACAAAUCAGAGAUGUCGCUGAUGGUUUUGAUCAUGUGUCUGUAAAGGAAUUUGAGCAUUCUUGGGAUCAAUUCUCUAUCAUCGCUCGUUUUGAAGGUUCCAACAAAGAUCUUGAGAAUGAGCUUGUUAUUGUAGGUGCCCAUCAAGAUUCAGUCAACAUGUGGUUGCCUAGUUUCGGUCGUUCUCCUGGUGCUGAUGAUGAUGGCAGUGGCACUGUCACUAUCUUUGAAGCAUUCCGUAGCUUAGUGCACAAUGGGUUCAAGCCCGAGAGACCUGUUGAGUUCCAUUGGUACAGUGGUGAAGAAGCUGGUUUAUUAGGUAGCCAAGCUGUCUCCAAUGCAUACAAGGAGGAUGGCAGACAGGUUGUUGCCAUGUUGCAAAAUGACAUGACUGGUUACAUUGGUGCUAAUGGCGAAGUUAUUGGCAUUGUUACUGAUCAUGUGGAUGAGAAGUUGACUGACUUCCUUAAGAAUUUGGUUGAUAACUAUGCUGGCAUUCCUUAUACUCUUACCAAGUGUGGUUAUGCUUGUAGUGAUCAUGCUUCAUGGCGCAAGGUCGGCUUUCCAUCUGCUUUUACAAUUGAAAGUGCUUUUGAUGAUUCCAAUCAUUUCAUCCAUACCACUGGUGAUACCAUUGAUAAGCUCUCCUUUGAUCACAUGAAAGAGUUCUCCAAGGUUGCUGUUGGCUUUGCUGUUGAGUUGUCUCACAAGCGUGAUUAA